AUGUUUAUCAAAUCGCCUCGGAACCUCUUCUACCCGAUCACCGUUACGGAGCUCCUCAAACAGCCGGGCGACGCGGUCGAGAGGCUUGCGCCGCUCUUCUCAUACACCUACACAUCCGUGGUCACACUAAGUGACAGAGACGGGAAUCCGAAGAAGGUCGAGCAGCGGCUUCCGACGCACUUUGCGUCUGAGACGGAUGGGGAGGUGGUCAGGUGGUCGAUCGCUGCGGGCGAUGUCAUAGAGAGGCCAGGGCACCCCCUCGUCGAGAUAGAAGAGCCAUGUCGGCACGAGCUCCAGUUCGGCGGCAUGUGCGCCGACUGCGGCAAGGACAUGACCACUGUCACGUACGCCCAAUCCAUGCGCGACUCGGAGCGUGCGCCCAUCAACAUGGCUCACGCUAAUACCGCGCUCACCGUCAGCCACGAAGAGGCCUCACGCGUCGAAGAGGACGCCAAGCGCCGGUUACUGCAGAAUCGAAAGCUCUCCCUGGUCGUCGAUCUGGACUGUACAAUCAUCCAUGCUUGUGUCGAACGCACAAUAGACGAGUGGAAGAACGAUCCAACCAACCCAAACUACGAAGCGGUCAAGGAUGUCCACUCCUUCCUGCUGAAGAGCGAGAUACCGGGACGCACAGCGGACACAUACUACAUUAAGUGCCGGCCCGGCUUGACCGAGUUCUUGGACAACAUAUCGAAAUUAUACGAACUACAUGUCUACACUGCGGCUACUAGAGGCUAUGCGCAGGGCGUUUGUGCGAUCGUAGACAGCGACAGGAAGCUCUUCGGUGACAGGGUCUUGAGCAGAGACGAGAGCGGCAACAUGUCGUUGAAGAGUUUACACCGGCUUUUCCCGGUCGAUACGAAAAUGGUGGUGAUAAUCGACGAUCGCGCAGACGUUUGGCGCUGGAGCCCCAACCUUGUCAAAGUUCAGGUGUUCGAUUUCUUCAAGGGAGUAGGCGACAUCAACUCGGCCUUCUUGCCCAAGCGACCGGAAGAUUCGGAGAAGAAGAUGGAUAAAUCUCUGGCCAAAUCCAUUGAAGCGGCCGCGGAGGCCUCGGAAGCUACAAACCUAACGCCGGAAGUGGACGCAAACAAGUCAAGAAGACCUUCAGCGCAACUGCCACAGCUAGUCGCUAUGAGUGGUGGCAACGAUCCUAAUCUGCUGCACGAGCAGACGGCGCGGCAGGAAGAGGCUGUCGCUGCCCAAGUGGAUGAACGGCCACUGGCAAAGUUGCAAGAAACAUUGGACAAGGAAGACGAAGAGGAGGCGAAGAAAGAACACGAUGGUGAGUCCGACGAAGACGAGGAUGCCGCGCCGAAACCCCCCAAGCCACGGCACGUACUGCUUCGAAACGACGACACCACGUUGAUAGGGCUGGAGCGUAUUCUUCGAAAAAUACACACUGCGUUCUACGAGGAGUACGAUCGCAGACUGGCUAGUGCACAGGGCGGAAGAAUUGCAGAGCUUAGAGGAAGCGAACCAGACUCAGAGACACGGCCCCAGGACGACCUUCAGCUAGUGCCCGAUAUCAAGGAGAUUCUGCCGGACACGGUGAGCAAGGUCUUGGACGGUGUGUCGCUCGUGUUCUCGGGCAUCUUCAUGUUAAGCAUCAACCCUCAGGACGCGGAACUAUCCAUGUGGGCCAAGAGCCUUGGCGCACGUGUUUCGAAUCGCCUCAGCAAGAAGACCACCCACCUCGUCGUAGCCAGCGACCGACGAACCGAGAAGAUCAAGCAGGCGGCUCGCAACGGCAUCAAGAUCGUAUACCGGGCUUGGCUAGACUACGCCCUGACGCACUACGAGCGGCCAGAGGACGAGCCCUACCUUCUCCACAUCGACCCAGACGACAAGCCAGGAAAGACAUCCCCCCUACCAGACUCCGAAGACGGCACCUUCCUCUCCUCCGACGACGAGAACGGUGCAACCCCCCCAAUAGGCUCCGAGGACGAGCUAUCAGAGGACGAGGAUGGCAUGCGUUCCCGGGCUAGCGACGACAGCGAGAAAGUCUCUGUCACUGCCGAGGACUGGAACGCCAUGUCGAAAGAAUUGGACGAGUUCAUGGCGGAGGCCGGGGAUACCGACGACGAUGAGGGUACUGAUACAGCUGACGAUUUGGAUGACGACGCCAGCGCCACGGAAUCGCACACGGAUGCCGAGAAGCCGGACUCGGGCAGGAAGGUUAAGAAGCGCAAACGCAACCUAGACUCCGCCGAAUCGACGGACGCAGAAGACGGCGACGGCGCCGCUAACGGGGUCCCGGGCUCGCAGCUGCAGCGGAGGAAGAAGCGAGCGAUGGACCGGGUGUCGAGCCUCACUACCAACGUCACUUCUGCCGCCACGGACGAAAAUCCAUUGGGUCUGCCGGGUCCGGCUGCGACGGGUCCAGAGGAUGACCCACCGAUCAGCGACGACGACGACGCGAACCUCGUUCCUCCCGCCGGCGAGGAUGAUGCGGACGAGGAUGCGGAACUACAGGCGCAGAUGAUGGCGGAGUUUGAGAAGUAUGACGAUGGUUGA